CGGUGACGGAGCGCGCUCCCCGUCAAUGGAAACUCCCGCACGAGCGCAUAAAAAGUCCAAAACGGCUUCAAAUGGAAGCGAACAGAGAAGUGCACGAGCUCACCGGCGGACUAACACCGACACCGAGACACCGACACCGACACCGACAGACAUGAACACCGUCACAGCCGCCGCUCUGCUCGGCUUGUUCUUUGCCGUUUUCGUCCAAUCGGCUCCCGUCCCUGCCGAGCCUCCGGCGGCGUUCAGAGAGGCGGCCGAGCGAGCCAAGACGCUGGUGGAGAAAAUCCUGAAAGACAUCCCGACUGCGCACGCAGCCGCCGUCACCACUGAGGGCCUGACGCUGGACGCCGGCGCCCAGACCAACCUGCAGAUGAUGGUGAAGACGCUCGGCAUCCCCGACACACCGGUCAUCAAACAGCUGUCCCAAAGCUUCACACUGGACGUGUAUGUGAGUCGUAUGUCGGCGGGCAGCAGGUUGUACCAGGGGCUGCUGGGAGUUCUGUCGGAUCGUGUGAUUGGACUGAGCGACCUGCGAUCCGACCUGCGUGACCUCCUGACCCAGAUCACCAAGAUGAGGGAGGCGGCUCAGCUCGGCGCCGACACCGACCAGAACCCGAGUCUGGACCUCGCCUCUCGUCUCCACGGUAACUACGAGGUCCAGGUGGCGGCCCACCUGACGCUAUCGAGGCUUCGCUCCUUCUGCCACGACCUGAUCCGCAGCCUGAGAGCCGCCGCCACCUACAGGCCUGCAGGGGAAGUGGACACUGUGCUGCGUUCAGGGACAACGUGCUGUGUUCAGGGACAACGUGCUGCAUUCAGGGACAACGUGCUGCGUUCAGGGACAACGUGCUGUGUUCAGGGACAACGUGCUGCAUUCAGGGACAACGUGCUGCGUUCAGGGGCAACGUGCUGCGUUCAGGGACAACGUGCUGUGUUCAGGGACAACGUGCUGCGUUCAGGGACAACGUGCUGUGUUCAGGGACAACGUGCUGCAUUCAGGGACAACGUGCUGUGUUCAGGGACAACGUGCUGUGUUCAGGGACAACGUGCUGCAUUCAGGGACGCCGUGCUGCGUUCAGGGACGCCAUGCUGCAUUCAGGGACAACGUGCUGCAUUCAGGGACAUGCAGGACAACUCGGCAGCAAGCAGAGCGUCUGUCUACAGAGACAAUGUGCACUGA